UAAUCAUGGUGAGGAGCAAACAUUUGCUGCUUCAAACCCUUAUUUUAGCAGUUCUAUUAGGUAUCAUCACAUCAGACCCCGAACCGUUACAAGACUUUUGUGUCGCCGAUACGGUGAACCCUCACUCAAUGUUCCUCAAUGGUGCACCCUGUAUUAACCCAUCACAAGCAAUUUCAUGUCAUUUCAUGACAUCAAUUCUAGCCAAGCCUGGCAACACAAGUGCAAACCGAUUUGGUUUCAAUGUCACCCUCACCAACAUUCAAAACCUACCAGGCAUAAACACACAAGGACUCACAAUGGCACGAGUUGACAUUGCAGUGAAUGGGUAUAUCCCUCCACACUCUCACCCUAGAGCUUCUGAGGUGACCAUUCUUCUUAAGGGUAACAUUCUUGUGGGCUUCAUUGAUACCUCUAACAAGCUCUUUACCCAGCAGUUAAGACCAGGAGACUCGUUUGUAUUCCCAAAAGGUCUUACCCAUUUUCUCUACAAUAUCGAUAUGUCUUCGCCAGCGGUUGCGGUGGCGGGCCUUAAUAGUCAAAAUCCAGGUGCGCAGCUUGUAUCAUUAGCUACAUUCGCAUCGAAGCCUCGAAUUCCAGAUGAAGUUUUGAAGAAUGCAUUCCAAAUUGGAGGCCAAGAUGUUGAAAGGAUACGAAGGAACCUUGGUGGAUGAUAAAAAAAUUCAAUCAAAAUGAAAGACUACCCAAUUAACAUGUUCUAAUUGUAUGCUAUAUAC